AGCCCCAUGCGGGACUCGAUCCCAGAACCCCGGGAUCAGAACCUGAGUCAAAGGCAGACACUCAGCCACUGAGCCACCUAGAGGCCCCAAUCUAGAACCUCCUGCUCAAGAUCAAGGAUCCACCGGUUGUUCCAAUCUGCCUCAGGCGAAGGAGACCAACGGUUCUACUUUGCUUUCCCUCCCUAUCCCAACAGCACCCACGCGCUUCAGGCCCUCCCUGAUUGGCUCUGCACAGAUUCGCUGGGGCUCACUGGUUCGCCUGAAGGGCGGGACUGGGGGCGAGGACGGUGCGGCAUCCCCACGCGACCUCUAGCCGUUGGGAAGUUGGUGAGGCUGACGACUCAGAGGCCACCUCAUGAACUGGUUAUACAUGAGCUAACCAGCUUUCCUCUACCUUAGUCCCUUGCCAGUGAGUUACUCAGUAGUAGUACACACGUUUAUUCCACCUGUCAGUUGAUCCGGCUCAUCAAGAGGCAUUAAAUCAGCCAAUCAAUUCGCCCCCUGGAAAGUAAGUUCCUGUAACAAGUCGGUCAAUCGGUCACAUGAUGCACUUAGCCAAAAUCAAGGAGGACUUUGAGUUGUCAAGGAAAUAGCAGAGUGGAGCCCUGUUCAAGAGGGUGCAGCCUGGAACUAUGGGGACCCAAGACAAGGCACCUGCCAGGCUCCUCUAUUCCUCUUGUUCCUUGGAGAAGACUCUGCAGUGCAGCUGUUCUUUCCAUGGGAUCCCCACACCCUCUGUGCAGUGGUUGAUGGAAGGUGUCCCUGUGGGUGUGAACAACACAGAUGGCAGCCUCCAGGUGACUUCCACCAAAAUUGGUGCCUGGAACAACAGCACCAUCAGUCUCACUGGGGAGCCAGAAAUAGUCAUGAGUCUCCAUUGUGAGGGGAAAAAUCAAUAUGGAAUCCAUACUUCAAGUAUCUUCCUCCUUCCAGAUAAGCAUUCAGGUUCCAGUGUGUUCAUGAAAGGAUUGGCCCAGGGCAUUGUAUAUGGAUCUAUUGUCUCCACACUGUUCUUCUUCUUUCUUGUCCUCCUCACAAUGAAGAUGCUUAAAUGGUGGAAGGACAGUCACAUCUCCAAGGCCAAAGAGGCACCAAUCAUCCAGAAACCAGAGCUGCUGGAGGAGCCAGAAAUAGACGUGGAGUCUGAAGCCAAAACUACUGGGCCUCAGUUGGAAUCUAGGGCUCUUGAAACAGAAGGACCCACCAUGGACAGGCAAAUUCCCAAACGGAUAAAGACCGACGCGUGGCUCGCAGACUAUAGGCUUCAAAGACCUACAGAGCAGGAGCAGCAGCUCCAUUGGAGACUCUAAGACCAGAGACCAGCGCUAAGAGCUCACGCAUUCACUGAACAGACAUCCCCCGAGGACUCCCACGAGCGGAGCCUGUUUGUCAGCUCCUCCCAACAACACACCUGCUCCCUGCCCUUGAACUGUGAGGUCUGGGCGGGCACCCUGACGUCCAGGAGGACAGAUGACAUUACACAGGAGCCUGGUGGGGAGGGCAGGGGGAGGUAGCACUAGGAGAUGAGCUAAUGCUAUUGCUAUUGCAGGGGCCACACAAGGCAGUGUGACCCAGAGUGACAGUGACCUUCCUGCAGCCUCGGGCACUGCCAAGCAAAGCUAACUUCAGUGUUCUAAGAAGAGAAACUGAGACCCACAGGAGGGAAGCCCCAGUGGUCUUACUGCAAGGACAUUGGGGGUCAUGAGGCCUGCCCUCCACACCCCCCACAUUGCAAAUGGGGAAAUGGAGGCUCAGAGGGCCUCAGGCCACACAGCAAGACUGUGCACUGCUCAGGACACCUCCAUCCCAGGAUCGUUAGUCCCUGGAGCAGCUGUCCCUGUCCCCUGGCAAUUUUCUCCUGACCUUAUAAGACUGUAGUGCAGAGGUUGCAAGCUCAAAAGCCCACCGGGGCCCUGCACAUAACAAGAUGAGUACAGUUGACCUGGUGGAAACCAAGUCCGUCUUAAGAGCAGGUGCCCCACCGAAAGGGGGCGCCAGCAGCAGCGAACUCGGCUCCAACUCUUAGCUCCCACCCACCCCCGCAGGAAUGAGAUCUGCAUUGCUGGGCCUCCUGGUUUUGGUUUUAUCUAUCUAUUUAUUUUCAGAAGAAUCCAGACAUCUAGAUUUCAGUGUGAAAUUUCUGGAUUCAAACUGUUAGUAGCUGUUUUUAAAAAGCAGCACGGGCCCAGGAAAAGCCGUAUAUGGACCUAUCAUUUGCAAGUGGGAUCAGAAGACAGACCCGAAGGAGACAUCUUUUCUCUGAACACACCUCCUGCCUAAAGGCGCUGUUUUUCAGAAUGCAAGCUCCUUGGCCAGUGGAAACAGAAUCCCCAGACCCUGGCCAGAGGCUUCGAUCUGGAAGAAUGAGGUGGAAUUAUUUAGAUGGAGAAGGAGUUCCAGGACCUCAUUCACUUGUACUGCCACAAACAACUGCAGUGGCCCCCAUGUGGCCUGUCCUGGGUUGGGUACACAGACGAGUGAGACCCAGGCCCUGCCCGGAAGGACCCUCCAGGUAUCCCAGCCUGAGGGGCUAUGCCUGUGUACAGGGAGCUUCAGGGAAGGGCAGGGGCCAGCACUGGGGAGAGAGGGCGUGGCCUCACCUCUAGCUGGACCAUUGCCAUCUGAGCUGGGCAGACAGGCUGGGGCGACUGGGAAGCCAUGGGAUGGACAGCCUGAAGUGCUGCAGCAAGGGCAGCACCAACAGGAGGCCACUGCAGGGAGAAAGGAGCCCAGCAAGGCACCACAAGCCAGCCAGAGUAAGCUCCCCUGCUCAUGGGCCUCAGUCAUCACUCCUUGAGUCACACCGUCUGGACCAAAGAGCAGGUUUGAGUCUCCAGAACAAACUCCCAGUCCUUGGUUAUAUGGUCAGCAGUCAUUCAUGUCACUGGCUAAAUCUUGCCAUUUCCUCCCUCGACCCAAGGAGGAGGUCACGGGGGAGGUGGACUUUAUAAAGAACCCUCCCCUGUUCUUUCAGGAGAUGAUGGGAACUACCAUGAUGGAGGAUGAUGGUAGCACUCCAAGCCCUCAGGCCUCCUUCGGUCACAUAUCUCAGUGACACUGUGGAACUGGUCUGGUCAUCAGGUUCAUUUUACAGCAGAGGAAGCUGAGGCCCAGAGAGGUUACAAAACCUCCGUGCAGGAGAGGAAAAGAGAGAAACCUCCCUAAGGUCACACCUCAACCCACCUUUUCCCACAAGGAAGCUGACAUUCAGACCAGGGAAGGUCCUUCCCCGCUGGUCCUGCAUCUCUACCCUCUCCUGCCAGGUCCUUGGAGCCCAGUCCAUUGGGAUGGCUUCUACUGAUCUGGGAUACAGGAAGGCUGGAGCACAGGCUGGGGUCCCUGCUCACCCUGUUCCACUCAGCUCACUCAACACCAUCAUCCCAAUUUGGUUCUAUUCUCAGUUAACCCUUUGUAUGCCUGAACUUACUAGGUUUGAAGGAUGGCCAUGGACAGGGCCUCCCCAGAGGAGGGCUUUCCACUGGUCGCUGCAGGGCCCCCAGAGCAUGAACCUUUAUGGUGGGCCCCCUGGGUGCUGGAGCUGGGGCUAUCUAUGAUGGGACCGCAGCACUGCCCCCAGUGUGGGCCAGUCAUGUAUCCCAUUCCGAGCUUCAUCUGCAGAAUGGGAGCAUAAUAUCAUUCAUCACUGUGGGGUAGGAAUGGGUUCACCUGGCACCUGGCAGGGCAUUGAGGGCGCUGGAAUGGCAGCUCACAUCUGUUGAGCUGUUUGUACCCGCCAGGUCCUACUCUAAGCACAUUAAGACCCUCUCAUCUUUGCAUUGGUCAGGGUUCAACCCCAGAAGCAGAACCAGUAGCUGAUCCCUCUUAAGAGAUUUAUUGCAAGGAAUUGGCUUAUGUGACUGUCAGGCUAGCAGGGCAGGUCUGACAUCCAUCCAGCAGGCAGGUUGAUGGGGCAGGCAGGAGGCUCUUAAGCAUGGGAAGCCUAUGUCCCCAAGCAGAAAUUUCUCCUGGGAAUCAUCCGUUCUGCUUUGAAGGCCUUUCAAGUGAUUGAAUUGAGCCCACCCAGAUUAUUGAGAAUUAUCUCAACUGAUUAGAGAUGUCAGUCACAUGUACAAAAUACCUUCAGGGCGACGCUAGCUGGGGGCUGGAACAAUGGGGAACUCUGGCCCACCCACGUUCACACAUAGAUAUGACCAUCCUGACAUUUGAUCCCCACCCCGACCUGGUGAGGUGGGCGCCAGUGUCCUCCCCAUCCUACAGAGAGGGACAAGACACUUAAGGAGACCACAUGACUGUACAGAGGUCAAGGCGCUGGAGCCAGUGCUUGGAUCCCCCCACCCCCUGCCCCAGGCAGGGAGUGUCUGCACCUACUGUUACUAAUACCCAGCAUGGUUCCAGGGGCCUUACUGUGGCAGGAAAGAGGAAUGUAUAUUACAAAGUGGGUGACUGUGCCUGACCUGUUGUGGGGCGGAAGCCAGGGAAGAGGGUAGGGAAUUAUUUAUUCUUUCAAAAAUGUGCUGUGAGGAGAUCCCUGGGUGGCUCAACGAUUUAGCACCUGCUUUCGGCCCAAGGUGUGAUUCUGGAGUCCUGGGAUUGAGUCCCUCAUCAGGCUCUCUGCAUGUAGCCUGCUCCUCCCUCUGCCUGUGUCUCUGCCUCUUUCUGUCUCUCUGUCUCUCUGUCUCUCUGUCUCUCAUGAAUAAGUAAAAUCUUUAAGAAAAAUGUACUGAGACCCUACUGUGUGUGAAGGCAUUGAGGGCAUAGCAGUGAAUGGGAUGGACAAGGUCCCUGCCCUUGGGCAGCUCAGAGUCCUGUGGGGGAGAAAGACACAGAGCAAGUGGGCAGGAAUAAAUGGGAUGCGUGACAGAUAAGGGGUGGUGGGGAAGACAGUGAGUGCCCCUGGCCAAGGAGCCAAGGGUAGCCAUGGAAGGCCUCUCUGAGGAGGUGAAGGUCUUAGGAGAAGAGAGUCCAGGCAGAAGGCAGAGAUGAGCAAGAGUCUGGGGGCUGAGUGCCUGGUGUGUUCACAGAGAGGAAAAAGACAGUGUAAGAAUUUUCCAGAAGAACCCACCCAAAAGCCCACAAAAGCAAGGCGUGGGCCACUUCCAGCACCACCUGUUCUUAUUCUAACUUCCAGCUUUUGGCUUUAAUGAAUUCUUUAAAAAAAAGAAAAAAAAAAGAUUUUAUUUAAGAGAACGUGAGAGGGCACAAGCAGAGGAGGAGGGAGAAGCAGGCUGCCUGCUGAGUGGGAAGCUCCACGUAGAGCUCAAUCGCAUGACCCUGGGACUAUGACCUGAGCUGAAGGCUGCUGCUUAACAGACUGAGCCAUCCAGGCACCCUGAAUUCCUCAUUUUCAAAGAGGCUUUGCAGGAACAAGUUACAAAAGAGGGACAUAAUGAAAAGGCAAGACCCCUGCCUCAUCCCACUCCCCAGAGACAACCACGUGGGUCCCUGGUCCCUGUGCUUCCUCCCAGAGUGGUGGCUCUUCAUGGGAGCAAUAUCCCCCAUCCUGGGUGACACUGGGUCUUCCUGACCAUUACUGGUGGCAGGAGAGCUCCUGACAUCUAGGACUCGAGUCCCUGGUGCUGCUCUACUCCCUGCAAUGCCCAGCACCUGGUAAACACUGAGUGAUAACAAAGCCCAUGCUAGCACUGCAGGGUCCUGGCUGGAAAGAGAUAACCUCCUUCAAUAAGAUUCUUAAACACAAAGAUGUCACUUACAGAAGUAUGAGCAGGGUUAGGACGCCCAGGAUCCAGCAGCAGAAGGAAAGAGCUCCUUCCAGAUACUGCUGUAUCCUAGAGGAGUCGAAGGGGGGUGGGGUGCCACUAGGGUCUCACUGAGAACCAGUGCCAAGGCAGAGGGGCUACCCACCAGGAAGGGAGGGCAGCGAGCAGAGAGGACAGCAUUCUCCAGCCAACCUCCAGCGUUCAGCCUGUGCCUCCCUUUGGCCAGACCCACCUGAGGUCAAAGGGCAGGGGAGCUUGUUGAUGUGAUCACUAGAGGUCAGCCUCCCAGGCAUGUAUUAGGGCCGUGAAGGAUAGAGAAGGGACGUAGUGAGAAGCUGAGUAACAGUCCCCAAAGAUAUCCAAUCCUAAUGCCUGGGACCCGUGAAUGCUACUUUAUGAAGGGAAAAUGAUCUUUUCAGAUACAAUUAAAUGGGGGUUCCCUGGGUGGCUCAGCGGUUUAGCGCCUGCCUUUGGCCCAGGGCAUGAUCCUGGAGUCCCAGGAUCGAGUCCCAUGUCAGGCUCCCUGCAUGGAGCCUGCUUCUCCCUCUGCCUGUG